AUGUUACUUCGUGCUAUUAGAUAUUGUUCAACAUUUCAAGCAUAUCUAGACGAACGUGAGAAGUUACGGAUGGCAUUAUUAUUAAAUAAAUAUCCAAAUAAAUUUAUUGAUUUACAAUUCAUUAAUAUUUUAGAAAAAUUGAAUAUUGAACAGUUGUUAACAAUUAAUAAUUAUGCUCAAUAUCGUCAAAAAGUUAUAGAUUCUCCAAUAAAAGAGAAAGUGCCUGUAGACUAUGGAAAGACAGUAUUUGUACAUUUUACAUAUUGUUCAAAUAUGAGGACGUUUCCAGGCAAAUUCCAUGUUUUAUGGAACAAAUAUUUUGGUGAAUCUCCCAUCAAUGAUAUCAUACCUACUCUAGGUACUCGAAACGUCAAUAAUCUUCAACGACGAUUAGUGCAUACAAGAUUAAUUAAUGCGUAAAUUUAAAAAGAAGAAGAUUGUCAAUAUGUUAAAUUAUAAUAUUUAUCCUAAUAUGAAUGAGAUUUCAUCAGUAUAUCGAUAUCGAUGAAUGGUUAAUAAUAUGUUGGAAUCAAAUAUCUUCUUACGAUCCACGACAAGUAGCUCAGAAGAGUUCGAGGAUGUAUCUCAAUAAAGUGAUGUUCACUUUGGAGAUCAUGAGAACAUAUUAAUCUAUAUUGUAUGCUG